ACACACUCCCUCCAUCACACACACCCGAUCAUCUGUUUCUGCUUACACACACAUAUCAAGCUGCAAAAGCUUACAACUGGACUGCAUCAAACACAGUUCCCAUCGACUUUGUGCUGAAAGUUGAUGAGAGGAUAAGCCCUCCGAGGCUCGGUGCAAGCCAUGGAGAGCAUGGACAGCCUCUUGUCCGAGAUGUUACAGAGGUUCCCUGAAGUUCCCCGCGACACUGUUAUUGCUCACGUCAAACUGUAUCCAAGAAACCGGACAGCUCUCUUGAAUCAGCUUAGCCGAGUCUCUUCCACCCUCGGUGCUGUUGGGGGGAGCAACGGAGAGGGCGGAUCGCAAAACGGAGCGAGCGGGGAGAAUCUGUCCCAAAUGUAUUCGGAUUUUGAGACUUCGGGAGUCGAAAACGCCCAUCUCGAAAGCGUGCCAAUGCCCGAGCGCCCACCUUCUCUGAUCAUCACACCCCCACAGAGCCCGGACAAGGAAAACGCCCCGAAACUCUGCAUCGUGGAGAAUCUCAACUACGAAGCUUUCCUGCUCCGGAACCAGAAAGACAGAUUACAGGCUUUAGACGAAGCCACACAGAAGAAUCGGGAGUGCUUGAUGAAACUCCGCGACGAGGUCACGAGGAAAGAGAGGCUUCUAUUCGAGAGAUCCGUUGAAAUCAGAGAAGAGAACCCGAAGAUAACAAUAGAAACCUUGCUGGACUUGGCACAAGCGAAUCGGCAGCUGUGCGUCCAAACGCACUGCCUCGUCACCGAGGUCGAUCUCCACACCGAUGGUCAAGCCCCCUUAGGAUUUUACGAUAACAUCUAUCCUGGUCCGGACAAUCCUGUGGCCACGAUCCAAGCGUCCUCGAACCGGCGGAGAGAGAAGCCCCCUGUCCAGGAGCCGCCGUCACGAUGGGGAUGCGAACACUGUACAUUCGUGAAUCAUCCAGAAAUCAAAAUAUGCGAAAUGUGUCUGAACCCGAGAUCUUCAACCUCUUCCAUUGUGUCUAGUAAGUUUGACGAGCCCUCGAGCGAGGAUGAAACAUCCAGCACAGAUUCGCUGUCGUUGCCGGAUAGUAGCGAAGACGAUGACGAUACGCUGAACGAUGAGAUCGAGAUCGAAGUGAAAAAAGAGCCACGGGGUAGAUCUCCAAUAUGUUUGCGGAUGAGGCAACGGACGCCCAAAGAUAGUGUGACGUUCCGUUUCUACAAGAAUAUCAACAGAGGUUAGAGGAAGCCUGCGUUUGCGAUCACUAAUAACGCGACGGGCGUCGCGGCAAGUUUUGCAUUAACCACCCGUUCCCGUACAAU